UAAUCUUCUAUGAACAUUGGACUUACUGGAUUUCCACAACUAUUUUAAGUUCUCGGAAAAUAAAUCGAAUGCUUGAGUGGGGUAUUCGUAUAAUAUCAGAAAAUAGCAUAGGUGUUCAAUAUAGCUACAUCACCUCUAAUAUAUACGUGUCGUGUUCAGAAUAUUCUUUAGCACACAGAUUUUGAUCGGAAAAUCGAGGGCCAUAAAAUAAAUUAUAGAAACACCGAGGCAGAACGUAGUGACGUAAUAGGGAGGUCGUCACUCACUAUACUAAUUUCCGUAAAAUUCCAAAGUUACCUAACGUUAGCUGAAGUAUAUCUCAGCAAAACCACGAUAUUAGUGUGAUGUUAUGUGACCUAACUUUCUGUUGCAAUUUUUUUGUCGUAAUUUCCUCGCUAGUAAAUGCCUCUUUUUGCACGUUCUGUAUCAAUGCACCGCUCAUCGAAGAAUCGGGAAAAAAGUCGAUAAUACCCUUGUCUCUAAUCACCUCACGCCUAGGAAAUCUCGCCUUUAGAACAAAAUUUCAUUUACUAUUUUCCGGGAAUUAUGUUCUCACCGCAUGACGUGGAAUAGGAGCAAAUGCGAGGUGUCCAUUUUCGAAUACGACUAUAAAACGAUUCACCUAACUUCAACCGAAAAAUUAAAUAAAACCAUCCAAGUUUACAAUCACAUAUUACAUAUUUUUUAUACGAUGCUCUAGCACCCUCCAUGGGGCAAUCACAAUCCAAAAUGGAAGGCGAAAGCAGUGAAGUUCACGAAUUCCCGGAAGAAAUAAUCGAGGAAAUUCUCAAAAGACUCCCGGUGAAGCCUCUCGUGAGAUUCAGGUGCGUUUCGAAAUCGUGGCUCUCGAUAAUCUCGAGCCCUGUUUUCAUCAAGCUCCAUCUCGACACCUCACUGAAAAACAACACCACGCACUCACACACUCGUCUCAUAUGCGUAUCCGCCGAUCCACAAAACCACUUCAGAAUUUUCCCUCUCCGUCACUUGAUGGAUGAAGAAGAAACCGAAACCGAAACCGAACCGAUCACUUCGGUUUCUUACAACGCUGGUUAUCCAGACGUACCCAUGCGGAUAGUCGGCUCGUGUCGUGGCAUGGUUUGCGUCGCCUUGAAUGAAGAGAAGUUCUACUUGUGGAACCCUUCAAUCAGGAGGCAAAUACUUUUGCCCCCUUUAAAUAUCUGCCCUGAAUUCGAUUUCUAUAUGAAAGAUGGGUUCGGUUACGAAGAAUUCACCGACGAUUAUAAAGUCGUCGCUAUUUUGUUCUGUAAUUCCCGUGCAGGUCCUUUCAAAGUCAAGAUUUUCAGCCUAAGGGCGAACGCGUGGAAGAGAAUCGAGGAUUUCAAGUACGGGAAUCCGUUGGAUAAUUCUGGUGUGUGCUUGAACGGUAAGCUCCACUGGCUAGUGGACGAGGAUAGUUACCCAGGUAUUGUUUCUCUUGAUUUGCUAACCGAGGAGUACGCGAGAGUGGGCCCGCCGUAUAAUGCGUCAGACAAUUCUUGCGCGAUUGUGGAGUACGACGAGCCUUGUCUGACUUUAGGGUUGUUCAAUGGAAGUCUGUGUAUGUUGUCCGAUGACCAUAGAACGAAUAUGGAUUUAUGGGUUAUGAAGGAUUACGGGGUGGUGGAUUCUUGGGAUAGGGUGGUUAGGGUUUCGCAUUUGGGUAAUCCUGGUUUUUACCCUCACGUGUUGAGGGUAAUUGCGUUGGACGAGGAUCGAAUAUUGUUCUUGUACGGAUGCGUUGUAGUUGUUUACUCUUUGAAGAAUUGUUCGUACUGGUACCCUCCGACUGAUAGUGUGGCUGCAGUUCAGCACGCGGAUGUGUUUGUGGAGAGCCUCAUUUCGCCUUGUGAUUAUGAGGCGAACCGUAUGUAAAAGAAGUGUUUUUUUUUUUUUCUUUCUUUCUGUAAUGAUUUUCUUGCUUUUAGUGUGUCCGUGGUGUUUCGACUGUGUUUUUCAGCUUUGGUUUGGAAUAAAUGUACUAUUUUGCUUUGGUUUAAAUCUAUUUUUUGUUUAAUUCUUGGUUUUUUUUUUCUAGUGAUGAUUCUACUAGUGCAUGCUUUGUUAGUUGCGUGUAAGGUGGUGUUUGCAAAAGCUUUUAUAAACA